AUGGGGUCGUACCUGGCAGUGGCGGAGGCAUCAGCGGCGGACAACCCGCCCAAGUUCAUCCACGUCACCUACACACCGCCUGCUGCUGCUGGGGAUGGUGGCGAAGGGAGCGAGGAGAAGCCGCUGAAGAAGCUGGCGCUGAUCGGCAAGGGACUCACCUUCGACAGAGGCGGGUACAACCUGAAGGCAGGUCCAGGCUCAAUGAGUCACCUCAUGGAGUUGGACAUUCUCUCAUGCCUCCAAUCAUCUCCCUUGGCUCUGCUUCUCCCUUGGCUCUGCUUCUCCCUUGGCUCUGCUUCUCCCUUGGCUCUGCUUCUCCCUUGGCUCUGCUUCUCCCUUGGCUCUGCUUCUCCCUUGGCUCUGCUUCUCCCUUGGCUCUGCUUCUCCCUUGGCUCUGCUUCUCCCUUGGCUCUGCUUCUCCCUUGGCUCUGCUUCUCCCUUGGCUCUGCUUCACCCCCUCUGCUUCACCCCCUCUCCUUCCCCGCUUAUCGCACCCACCAGUGGCGGGUACAACCUGAAGGCGGGGCGGGGUCAAUGAUUCACCUCAUGAAGUUUGACAUGGGCGGCGCUGCUGCUGUGCUGGGCGCUGCCAAGGCCAUCGCUGCCAUCCAGCCCCAGGGCGUGCAGGUGCAUUUCAUCAUAGCAGCGUGUGAGAACAUGGUCAGCGGGGGCGGCAUGAAGCCGGGCGACAUCAUCACUGCUUCCAACGGCAAAACCAUUGAGGCAACAUCAUCACUGCCUCCAUUGAGCACAACCGCCCUAUCCCUUCCUCCCCUUCUCUGUCCCUUCCUCCUCUUCUCCAUCCCUUCCUCCCCUUCCCCGUCCCUUCCUCCUCUUCCCCAACCCUUCCUCCCCUUCUCCGCACCUUUCUCCUGUUCCCUCUCCCUCCCCUUCCUCGCCCCUUCCCUCCUCCACGUGCCCAUCCCCUCACAGGUGAACAACACGGACGCGGAGGGGCGGCUGACACUGGCGGAUGCGCUGCUGUAUGCGCAGCAGCAGGGCGUGGAGAAGAUUGUUGAUGUCGCCACCCUCACUGGCGCCUGCAUCAUCGCCCUCGGGAAUGACAUCGCAGGUCUGUUCACCCCGAGCGAUGAGCUGUCAGCAGAACUGGAAGCUUCCUCCAAGGCGUGUGGCGACAAGGUGUGGCGCAUGCCCAUGGAGGAGGCGUACUGGGAGGGCAUGCGCAGCAAGCAUGCCGACAUGCUCAACACCGGCGGCCGCGAGGGCGGCUCCAUCACUGCAGCACUCUUCCUCAAGCAGUUUGUGGUGGAGGGGUUGCCAUGGGCGCAUUUGGACAUUGCAGGGCCGGUGUGGAGUGAGAAGAAGGGCGGAGGCACUGGCUUCGGUGCCAGCCUGCUCUACCACUGGGUCGCCUCCCACUCCCCCUAG